GAUCGACGCUUCGAUUAGUCUCUCUUUAAGUGCGGACAGCCGUGCAUCGCGAAUCUCGGUUCCUGUUUCCCGGGAUCCGGAAAUCAAGCAUUAUGAUUACUAAAUCGCUGAGAUCGGUUCUGGUCGUCUGCCUGAUCAUCAAUGCAAUCUGUGGAAAUGCUCAAACGGAUAACGUGGGCAUGGCUUGUCCCCCGGGUUACCAGUAUGUCAAUGGACUGUGCUAUAGCUCGUCAUCUUGUCCCGAAGGAUACUACUUAAACGUAGAUGGAAAAUGCAACCCACAGACUAACGUAAAGUGUCCUGCUGGGUACUUCCUUAGUACUGAUAAUUUGUGCUACCGGACAAAUCCACUGCCUUGUCCAUUUGAAACAACAACAACAACAACAACGGAACCAACUACUACAACAACGGAACUAACUACUACUACAACGGAACCAACUACUACAACAACAGAGCCAACAACAACUACUACAACAGAACCAACAACAACCACUACUACAGAACCCACAACUACCACUACGACGACAACAACAACAGAGCCCACAACUACUACUACAACAACCACAACAACAGAGCCCACAACUACUACUACAACAACCACAACAACAGAACCCACUACAACAACAACGACGACAUCCACAACAGAACCACCCACAACAACCACUGAACCACUUCCACCAGUUCUGCCACCCGAGGAACUGGGUCGCUGUCCACCUGGCUCGCUUUUCUUCGACUCGCAAUGCCGGAAAAUCGUUUGUUCGGAGGGUGAAUAUUACGCCGGACGUUGUAUAUCAUCUGCCUGUCCACCGGGAACUGUUUGGUUUGGAAAACGCUGCCAGGAACCGGGAUAUAUCACCACAAUUCUGGAGAUCGGCAAUGUGAUCCACAAUGAGCACAAGUACGCUGUGACCAGUGAAAAUAUAAAUCGUGUCGAGUACAUAACAGCCGCACCUUAUGAUCCCGAUAAGGAUAAGAGCUAUGACUUCAGUACUCCCGAAAGUGUACCAGAUAAUAUUGUAGCCCCAGCCACAACUACAACGACAACAACAAGACGUCCUUGGAUAUAUCCAACUUGGAGCCCAACCACGGAACAGUCGGUGAUCAAUGAAGCAUUUCCGGGUAGAAAUCCUCCAUCGGGCUGUUGUUUUGUAAAGAGUCCUCGGAUCUGCAUCAACUAUGCUCCCAACUGGGUGUGCUCGAGCAAGGAAAAGAAGUUCUGCGACACGAGGGUCUGUACAGCGCCUGUGGUUUAUCUCAAACCCCCCAAAAUAGUCCAUGGGGAAAAUCCAAAGAGGGUAGUGAUGCCACCAAAUCCUCCACUUUUGGCCUGCAGUACUCCACAGUGCAAGGAGAGCGAGGUAUUGGAUUGCUCCGGUUGCAAGGAUAAUCAGCGGGACAAGUGCUCGCCGGGAUGCUAUAGCUAUUAUUGUCCCAACGGAAGCUGCGCCUUUAUGAACACCCAGGACUUUUGCGAAAUAUAUCCAGGCGAGUUUGGUUGCAAUCCGAAAGACGGAUGUAUCUGGGAUUGGUGCACUAAGAAGUGCUACUAGCUAAAUCAAUUGUGAACUUUAAUAAUUUAAAUAAACAAUAUAACCAAUAUAUAUUUGUUAAAAUUACAAGAA